AUUUCGGAGCAGUUGUAGGCAGUCAGCACUGCUGCGCUCUUCCGCAACGCAUGCGCUUUCGAGAUGCGUUGAAAAAUACUAUGCGGAAUCAAGUUGGCUUGGGACCCCGUAUCGACUUCGAGUUCUACUUCGUGGCCAGGGACCACACCUCGCACUGUCCGGUCUUUUCCUGGUUUCGUGCUUACGCCACAGAUGCUGACGUCGAGGACAUCAAAGGUACCUUCAUGAUCUUCCUAAGUGCCGUAAAUUUGCGGGUUCUUGCAGCAGGAUGAAAGGACGCAAGAGAACAUCACAACUGCUCGGGCCCGCAUCGAGGACAGGACCUGCUCGCAAGGAUUGAUCGUGGAUUGAGCCCACACGUGUCACGGAGCUGAAAGGACGAGGCCACUGUUGUGUCAAGGGUUCUACCGUGGCUGUGAGAAAAGAAGGGAAGAUCUUGAGCGUGAUCGCAACAUAGGAGAAUGAACACUUCAAGAAACCACGGCCCGUUUCAUCGUCUGAAGGUUCUCACAUAGCGCGGCGUGCUGCUGACGUGCCGGCUUUUUCUUCCCGGUUAUGCCUCACCAUGAACACGUGACGGUCAGCGUAAAGCAGCUCUGCCUGCCAUUGGAAGCACUUCACGACCCUCUUUGUUCGUUUCCAUCCACUGCAGUGCUCGUACGAUCGUUACACACCUUAAAUAACCGACGCACCUUCUCCAUCAACUGAACAAGUCGCCUUCUGUCUGGACACUCUACGAACCGGCGUGAAAUUCGGUAACAGCUGUUUCGUUUGUAAGAAUCUGACCUUGCAGGCCUUAUCCGUCCCGUUGCCUUUCUCCACGACCACAAGCAUCAUCAGCAUAUUUUCACGUUCAUAUCACCCUUCACGCUCUUUUCCUUCCUAACUAAACGUAAGCUCGACACUUAUGCAAGAUAUUCACACUACCGGAAACGACCACGUCACCUGACACUUUUUUAGAAGCCCGCCGCACUGCCCCUACCACGUACGUUCGUUUAUUCAUCAAGAUGUCGUGCAAGUACCACGGAGGCUCUCACCUCGACCAGUGAGUAGAGGCAAGAUUCUUCACGGACGCGCCUGCUUUGUCGGCUCACCCAGCGGACAGGCUUCGAUGCCCGCGAGCAGUUUGCCCCUCAGCUCGCUUAAUGUACACUUCCCUUCGUCCAAGCCGUCAACGCUAGUAUUUCACAAGGUUGAACCAGGCUCUAUGUUGCUCUUCAUUCAAGCCUUUCAACAGUAGAUUUCAAGUCCAAGUGACCUACUUACACCCAAAAUGCCUUCGAGACUCACUCAGUGGAGACCACAAAAAGCGAUGAGCCAGGCUUUACCUUCGCAUCCUAUCUGAUCAGAAGCGGACAUCCGUCAAGACAUCCAUCUGCUCACGCCUUCAGUCUUCUUUUGUGUUGUUAUUAGAACCUGUUUACGUUGUUCUGGGGAAGCCUUCUGAAAGUGUGACACUCAGUGCAGAACAGCUUGACGAGGGGCUUGCGGGCUACGGCCCCGUGAACAUGACCUGAAGGAAACGGGGAUACACUCGCGUUCCAACCCAGCCAGCCCUCCCUUGGUGGUGCGCGCUCGGCCGACACGUGACCUGGCGGAGCCAUGCCUGCGCGAAAGGGCUUGCUCGCACCCCAGAACACUUUCCUGGACACCAUCGCGACCAGGUUUGAUGGAACUCACAGCAACUUCGUGCUGGGCAAUGCACAGGUGCCGGCGCUGUUCCCCAUCGUGUACUGCUCAGACGGUUUCUGCGAGCUGACGGGCUACCCGCGGGCGCAGAUCAUGCAGAAGGGGUGCGCCUGCGCCUUCCUAUACGGACCCGACACCAAGGAGGAAGCGAUACGCGAAAUAGACGACGCCCUCGAGAACAAGACCGAGCUCAAACUCGAGGUCAUCUUCUACAAGAAGAAUGGGAGUCCGUUCUGGUGCCUACUGGACAUCGUGCCCAUCAAGAACGAGAAGCACGAAGUGGUCCUUUUCCUGGCAUCGCACAAGGACAUCACCAAGUCCAAGAUGGCCGAGAUCGAGACGGACGACGCGGACGAGACGGCCGAGCUCGAUGCAAACGGCAACGUGGAUCUGGACGGCUGCGUGCAAAGCAACAACUACCAGAGGCGACGGAGUCGGGCGGUCCUCUACCAACUCUCUGGUCACUACCGCCACGAGAAGAAGAUGUCCAAGCUCAAGCUCAACAACAACCUGUUGCACUCGACGGCGCUGCCCGAAUACAAGACGGCGGCCAUCAAGAAGUCCCGCUUCAUCCUCUCCCACUACGGCGCCUUCAAGACCUGCUGGGAUUGGCUCAUCCUAGUCGCCACGGUCUACGUCGCCGUCGUUGUGCCUUACAGUGCCUGCUUCGGCGAGAUGCAGAGCCACACCGUGCAGCAGCAGCAGCGGCGGAUGGCUCUGAUGGCGGCGGGCCUGAACGAGAGCUCGCUGCUCGAGCUGGUCGCGAACCUGAACGGCAGCAUCGGGGCGGCCGCGGGUGUUGGCGGCGGUGUCCCGGCGGGGAGUGCGCUGCCGCCGCCAGCCACGGAGCCGCAGCUGGACGGCAACAGGACAAUCAUCUCCGACGUCAUCGUCGAGGCCAUGUUCAUCAUCGACAUCGGCCUCAACUUUCGCACGACCUUCGUGAACAAGAAGGGCGAGGUGGUGGCCAAGCCCAAGUCGGUGGCCCUCAAUUACCUGCGCGGCUGGUUCGUCGUCGACCUGCUGGCCGCGCUGCCCUUCGACUUGCUCAACGCCGCUGGACUGUACAACAGGGACAACCAGAUGUACCUACACCUACUGAAACUGACGCGGCUGCUGCGACUUGCGCGGCUGCUGCAGAAGAUGGACCGAUACUCGCAGUACAGCGUGGUGGUCCUCACACUGCUCAUGCUCAUGUUCACACUCGUCUCGCACUGGCUCGCAUGCAUAUGGUUUGUCAUCGCCGUCCAGGAGAUGGAGUCAUACCCAAACAACAACAUCAGUUGGUUGAACCAGCUUUCCAUGAAGUUGCAAUACGACGUGCUGCGACCCCUCGACAUGGCCGCCACGUACAUCACGGCGCUCUACUUCACCACCAGCUCGCUCACCAGCGUGGGCUUCGGGAACGUAGCGGCCAACACAAACGCCGAGAAGGUGUUCUCCAUCCUGACCAUGCUCAUAGGAGCGCUGAUGCACGCCGUGGUGUUUGGGAACGUGACGGCCAUCAUCCAGCGCAUGUACGCGCGGCGGUCGCUGUACCAGACCAAGCUGCGGGACCUGAAGGACUUCUUCCGGCUCCAUCAGCUCCCCAAGCAGCUGCGGCAGCGCAUGAUGGACUUCUUCCAGACCACCUGGUCGCUCAACAACGGCAUCGACCCGAGCGACGUACUCCGCGAAUUCCCCGACGAGCUACUCGGCGACGUGUCCAUGCACCUGCACAAGGAGAUCCUCUCGCUGCCCAUCUUCGAGCCGGCGCCGCAGGGGUGCCUCAAGCUCCUCUCGCGACACGUGCGCAGCAACUUCUGCGCACCCGGCGAGUACCUGGUGCACAAGGGGGACGCCCUCUCCUACAUACACCUCGUCUGCAACGGUUCCAUGGAGGUGCUCCAGGAGAGCAUGGUCGUCGCCAUCUUAGGCAAGGGGGACCUUGUGGGCAGCGACAUUUCAUUGACGGCCGGUACGGAGACCGUCAUGAAGUCAAGCAGCGACGUCAAGGCCCUGACCUACUGCGACCUCAAGUGCCUUUUCAUCCCGGGCCUGCUCGAAGUGCUCAAGCUAUACCCGGAGUUCGCGGAAAGCUUCUGCCACGACAUCGUGCACGACCUCACCUACAACCUGAGGGAAGGCUACGAGAACGAGGCGGAAGAAACGAACGGCGUGUGCUCGCUAACCCUGCCGUCGAUAUCGGAGGACGACGAGGAGACGGGCAGCGACGAGACGGCGCCGGGCUCUCCGGUGUCCAACGGCCAGGAGGCCGGCGCCAAGCUCAAGGAGGACUCGUGGGAGCCGCCCGCGACCACCGUGCCCGGACGCACGCCUGCGCCGCCGGCGCCUCCGGUGCCCGCGGCCGGCCGCACCGAAGCUGCGCCCUUCGCCCGGCGCACCUCGGCCCUCGGCUCGCCCUUCCGGACGCCCACGUCCGUGGCCAUGGAAAAGCUGCGACCCGUCGCCACAUUGCCGCAUCUAGGCCGCUCCGUGGAGCUGUUCGAGCUUCGCGACGAGAUGGAGCAGCUCCGGGGCAGCGUGGAGCGGCUCGACGCGCAGCUCAAGAGCGUCUCCCAAGACGUGGGCGGCCUGACGCAGGAGCUGCGCGCCAGCGCCCGUCUCCUUCAGCAGCUGUGCAGCGGGUGCGCACAGCUGGCGACGCGGUCGCCCGGCACGCCGCCCGGAGGCGUCAAGCUGCCGCCGACGCAGCAACAGCAGCAGCAGCAGCAGCAUCAGACGCCGCUGGGGUCACCCAACGGCCUGCUGCAGAGCCCGCCGCCGUUCGGCUCGACGACGCCGCAGUCUCAGCUGCGCGUGUCGCAUCAGGGCUCCCAGACGGACUGCAGCCUUCUGGAAGAGAUGCUCAUCAAGAUGGCCGACUCGGGCUCGCCUCCCCCGAACUCGGGCUACUCCUCGGGCUCGUCCAACGAGGAGAGGGUCAAGUUCAUCAUCGGGCAUCCGUCGCCGCGCCGCUGCAUCGCUUCGUCGUCAGAGGACAGUGCCCUGCUCAGUGUGUCCAGGGACCACCUCGUGCCGUCGGCCACUCUGUCCUCGCGCUCUUGGCAAGUGUCCACCGAGUUCUCGGAGGUGCCGGCGUCGCCCGGGAGGUCCGACCACGUCAUCGAUGUGGAAGAAUCCCUGCGCCGGAGGCUCUCGACGGAACUGUAACCAGUGUAUGCGAUCGCACAGCUGUCCUUCGCCACCCGUCCAGCUCUAGUCAGUGAGGAACCGCGCCUUCGUGGCGGCCCCGACAGCUCGCGCGGACCCUCUCUCAGACGAGUCUGACUGGCUUGUAUUGUUUCUCGAGAGAUUCUGUCGGGGAAACAAUCAACCGGACCACACUCGAAGAAGAUCUCAGCGCUGCAUAGCGCAGGACCUGUAGCACCCUUGUGGGCUGCGGUAUAACUUUUUUUAGUAAGCGGCGUUGCUUUAACCUUAGAUGCAGACCACGCGCCUUGCGCUUCGUUCCAGUUCCAGCAAGAGAAAAGAGUGCGACAUCGCACGAGUUUCAUGGCAUCGCGGAGUUUUCGCGACGUUCAGCCCCGCCGCACUUGCUAGUACCAGGCCAACAGCUCAUCUCCAAGAGCAUCACUGCUGCUUCCCGCAAGAGACCAAAGCGAUGCUAUUGCGCAUUUGCAAUUAGUUGCUCGGCGCCACCAAAACUUUCACUGACAUGACGUCUUCUGUCUUCAUUUUUUAUCAUUGCAACAUUGCUGGUACAGCUCAGGCACGCCGAAGUAGGGUGCGCCGAUGCGCAGUCUCUGUUCUGUGCUGCAGCCAGCGAAGGCGCUUCACCCUCGUUCCAGUAUUAACAGCGCACUUGCUCAUUUCGUCGCACGGCGAACAACUGCGUCACGAUCGCGAUGGCAAGACCGGAGCGCCUAGGCCCCUCAAGUCCCCGCGGUGACUUCAGUGUUCGUGUGUGCUCUGUGCGUCUCAAGAGCGGCCGACCCCUCCGCAGGGAACUCCUCGAACGCUUGCUUUGCUUUACGCUGCGAUCAAGGCUGCUUCCGUCGCUGACUUUUCUGCGUAGAGCAUCGCACCCACGCUGCGCUUCGGGCUGCGUAGGGCACGGGCCCCGUGUUCGAGGUCCUCGCCUGCCUGCGCCUACGCUGUGUAGACUGCUGCGAACUUCCCCGCUCCAUGCAUGGCCCUGCUGUAAAUAACCUCAACAGAGUUGCAGAGGGAAGGAGAUAUUGGACACAAGUGACUUCCACGGACUUGCCUACUUCGUUCUAUUCACCCUGUGUCUGUCGUAGCAGCAGGUUUCCAGUCUUCUUUCGCAUAUGCAGCUGAGCGAAAUUAUCGGGUAAGCCGGCAUGUAACGCUGGCAGUCAGCAAUAUACUGGGUCGGUCACAGAAGAAGCGUCGUUUUUUGUAAUAUGCAAAUCAAGUGCUCUUUUUUUUUUCUUCCCUCCUUUUGUGCUACGCUCGUGUGUUUUUGCAAAUACCUGCUGUUGUACCCGCUUUCUUUGACAUCGUCACGUUUGGCACACAUGGCUUGACAAUUUUUUUUUCAGUAAUCAUAUCUGUAAAACGAAGGUUUGACGACACCCCCGGACUGUUAGGUGGCUGUAUUUAAGUAGCAAUGACAAUGCGGCAACAAAACGCGGAAACGGCGCCAAUAUAAAAAAAUGGUGAAUAGAAUGAAGAGUUUUUGCUUUCCGACGUGGCACCUUUGUUGGUACUUGGUUUCUGACCUCAGAAAUAUCGUUUAUACCAACAAAGCAGAAUUGAAAGUGGUCGCACACAUGAACAUACAUUUCACAAUUGAACCGAACAGCCCGUGAUGUCUGAAAACGGCUAAGCUCAAAGAAGCAGUAGUUCAGCAAUUCGUCCAGAAUUUCCCGCUAGUACUGCCAGCCGCUGCAAAUAUUGAGGAAAACUUCAGAUUCCCCCAUAAUCUUAGCGAAGAACCUUUGGCCCACUACGCACGUCAUAUCUUGAGCGCGGUAGAUGAUUACACAUAACACGUGCUGUUAAUUAGACCAUACGACGCACCACCGGACCUAGUUGCGAUGAUGGACUCUGAUGAGGAUAGCUGAAGAAAGCGUGAUCACUGAAAAUGAGUAUCUCCUGGAUAUUCGAAAUGUUGCCCAUCGAAAAGAAUUCACUGAACGAAAAGGGAUAAGUCGCAGUGUAUGUGGGCAAAGCAUUCAAUAAUAGAUUUCAAAGCAAUGUCUCACGCAACAUCUGCUUCGUGUCUAUGCUUGCGUGUACGACCUAUGUUUCUAAAGUGCCCAGGGCAUCGUCCAUUACCAUGAACACUAACAUGUAGUUCCAACGUGAAUAUGCAAACGUAUAUGUUCCAGCGCAAAAUAACAAAAGUGAAUUCUUCCUCCUAAUGCUUGCGGUACGGAGCCAUCAUGUCACGAAUUUCAAAAUACAUCCAACAGAAACGCGGGAUAUCUGAAUGAGAAUGCGCCUCUGAACUUCAGAAAUCUAAUAACCGAACACCUCACAUCUAUUACUACAUCUUCCCAUAUCACUAAUUCCUCGAGCAUGUGUUAUUCUUCGGUCACUUUCAAACUGUACUCCGCCUGUUUACACAACAAAAGGCACAUUCCUCUAGCAGUUCCUUUUGUUUUCAAUGUGUACGUUUAAAGGUUCUAACUUCGAUAUGUUUCCCAAUAUAGAACAUUUAGGUGGAUGCACAGAUGGAAUAGUGUUAUUUUGCCCUCACGGUUACGGUUCCCUCAUUGUCAUAACCUCACGGUUAUGAAAAUGAACUAUUCGCUGUUUACGUAUUAGGUAUUAUGUUCAUAACGCAGGAGUACACAACGGCGUUUCUCACAAUGCUGACUAGCUAGUACCGCAUUGUUUAUGAUACAAGGUGCAAUAUAAUACAAGAUUUAGAAUUUGUUUCUUGCAAUGAAAGGAAUGCUCGCUUAUUCACACGAAUUCUGCCCAAUCAGAGACAUCAAGAUAUAUUAUUUUGAGACAUCAAAGCAACAAACUGCAAAACAACGAGCACUAAGCUUUCUUUAAUUCCACUCACUCACUUCCCUCCCUUCUCCUCUCCCUUCCCCUCGCCCCGCUUUCCAACCCUGUUCUCUUUCAUGUUCACUCUAACAACAUACUUUUAUAUGGUGGAACAAUGUGUGAGUUAACCAAUUCAGACCUAUCGUCACUACAUGGAAUAAAAUUUUACCUUCGGUUGCUCCGCGA